GCCGUGCGGGCGGGCGGAGCUCGAGGCCGGAUCGAGCCGCGCCGGGAGCGCCGGACGGUGGCGAUGGGCGCGGGGACGAGCGGGCCUCCAAUGGCGGAGGAGGGCGCUCCCCGCAGCGACAGCCGCGAUGGAUGAUAUCUUCACGCAGUGCCGGGAGGGCAACGCGGUGGCCGUGCGUCUGUGGUUGGACAACACCGAGAAUGACCUCAAUCAGGGGGAUGACCAUGGCUUCAGCCCCCUGCACUGGGCCUGCCGCGAGGGCCGCUCCAAUGUGGUGGACAUGCUGAUCAUGCGAGGAGCGCGCAUCAACGUCAUGAACCGUGGUGAUGACACCCCGCUGCACCUGGCAGCCAGCCACGGCCACCGCGACAUCGUGCAGAAGCUGAUCCAGUUCAAAGCGGACAUCAAUGCGGUGAAUGAGCACGGGAACACCCCUCUACACUACGCCUGCUUCUGGGGACACGACACGGUGGCAGAGGACCUUGUGGGUAACGGGGCCUUGGUCAGCAUUGCCAACAAGUACAGCGAGACGCCUAUUGACAAAGCCAAAAUGCCUCUGCGGGAGAUACUGAAAGAGCGUGCAGAGAAGCUGGGCCAGAACCUGACCAAGAUCCCCUACAAGGACACCUUCUGGAAGGGCACGACCCGCACACGGCCCCGAAAUGGGACCCUCAACAAACUUGCUGGAAUAGACUUCAAACAGCUGAGCUUGAGCCAAAAACUCAAUGAGAACCAAUCAGGAGAGCUGUGGAAAGGGCGCUGGCAAGGCAAUGACAUUGUCAUCAAAAUGCUGAAAAUUCGGGACUGGACAACUCGGAAGAGCCGAGACUUCAAUGAGGAGUACCCAAAACUGCGGAUCUUCUCUCACCCCAAUGUGCUGCCAGUGCUGGGUGCCUGCCAGUCCCCCCCAGCCCCCCAUCCCAUUGUCAUCAGCCACUGGAUGCCCUAUGGCUCCCUCUACAAUGUGUUACAUGAGGGGACAAACUUCGUGGUGGACCAGAUGCAGGCAGUGAAAUUUGCUUUUGACAUUGCGCGAGGCAUGGCCUUCCUGCACACACUGGAGCCCCUCAUCCCACGGCACCACCUGAACAGCCGCAGCAUCAUGAUUGACGAGGACAUGACAGCAAGGGUCAGCAUGGCCGACGUGAAGUUCUCCUUCCAAUGCCCUGGGAGGAUGUAUGCGCCAGCCUGGGUGGCACCAGAAGCCCUGCAGAAGAAGCCAGAGGAAAUUAACAGGCGCUCGGCGGACAUGUGGAGCUUUGCAGUGCUGCUAUGGGAGCUGGUGACCCGUGAGGUGCCGUUUGCAGACUUGUCCAACAUGGAGAUAGGCAUGAAGGUGGCACUGGAAGGGCUCCGUCCAACCAUCCCACCUGGCAUCUCCCCACACAUCUGCAAGCUGAUGAAGAUUUGCAUGAAUGAAGACCCAGCCAAGCGCCCAAAGUUCGACAUGAUCGUGCCCAUCCUAGAGAAGAUGCAGGACAAGUAGAGGGAGGUGCCUCCCCCAUGUCUGACGCUGCCAUGCUCCCUUCCCCACCACCUCCAAGUGCCUUUAACCCCAGAGCUAAGGGGGAGCAGGGACUGCCCCCUCACCCUCACCCAUGAGCCAGCCAUGGACACACGGUACAGAUGAUGCUGCCUUCCCUGGAGCCGCUCGGCAGGCUUUGGGCUCUGUAGUACCCAUCUAUGGCAGCACCUCCACCCUCCCUGGCAGCUGUGGGCAGACUGAGCAGGACACCUGGAUGAAAGCACUGAGUGUGGUGGGGCUCUGCUGCCCUGAAGCCACCUCGUGCUCCCAGGCCCAGGGCAGCUCGCCCACAUGGUGGUCUCAUGUUAAAAGUGUCCAGUCCUGGUGCUCUUCCCUGCUAAAGACAGCAGGGUAAAGAUUUGCCUGUUUGUGCCCAGCACCACCCCAGCUUCGCGCUUCACUUUUUAUCGUUUCCAUCCAGGCCACGUGGAAAAGCCGCCAGCAUCUGAAAUAAAUAUUUGUUACAAAAACUGCC